CUCUAUCUCCAUCUCUCUCUCUCUCUCUCUCUCUUCCCUCCUCCUCUGUCUCUGAAGCGUAAAAACCAGAGGACUCUCAUCUCCCAUUCAGUCUCCUCUGUAUGGGCUGAGGGCUACUCUCAUAUUUUAGGUGUCUCUUUUCCCCACACUUGCACCAUUUCUCCCUCAUUUUUUCCUAAUCCUACUCAUCUACCUGCUACAGGAUGAAUUGGUGAUUGAAAACUGGGAUUACUUUUUGCUUCUGGUGUGUGUUUGGGAGGCGGCAACAUUUGCAGGAGUCAUCUUUGUUCUUGUGCUUCCAGCUGCUGAGUGUACAGUAGCUGCUAGUGGGGAAAUAGGUUAGUGUGCCUGUUUAGAGCCGGGCAGCAGAGGUGAUUGAAUGUGCUGUGCAUGGAGGAGACGAAGAGGAGGGGGAUGCCUUCCUGGCGGUAGCUCUCUGUAGCCCAGCCAGAGACCGUUCAGAGAAAAGGUGACUAGGAUGCUGUCGCUGAACUCCGACCUUUAGCGAAGUGUCAAAUUCAGGACGGACAAAGAUCGGACUUGGUGAAGAAGCACCUGAGACAAGAGCCCAAGACAUCUGUUUUUCAUUUUUGUAGUCACAGAGCUGACCUGUGCAUCCUUUGUGUGUGGACAUCAUGGACAUUAACCUUCAGUCACAUCGAUUUUACUUCCCCCAGAUCUACUGUGCUGAACCGGGGGCUCAGCCACAGCUCACUGAGUUCAAAGUCAGUGAGCAGAGUAUCUGCCAGGCGAGGGCCUCGGUCAUGGUCUACGAUGACACCAGUAAGAAGUGGGUGCCCAUCAAGCCCGGACAGCAGGGAUUCAGCAGGAUCAACAUCUACCACAACACUGCCAACAACACCUUCAGAGUGGUGGGCGUCAAACUGCAGGACCAGCAGGUGGUUAUUAACUACUCCAUAGUGAAGGGUCUCAAGUAUAACCAGGCCACGCCCACCUUCCACCAGUGGCGGGAUGCCCGGCAGGUCUACGGCCUCAACUUCGCCAGCAAAGAGGAGGCCACCACCUUCUCCAACGCCAUGCUUUUUGCCCUCAACGUCCUCAGCGCUCAGGAUGGAGGUCCAGCUGUCCAGCGCCAAGUCCAAAAUGGACCAACCUCAGAAGAGAUUGAAGUUCAGCGAGCGAGGCAGAUGAUGGAGCAGCAGCAGCAGAUGCAGGCGCACAUGGAGCGGGAGCGACGGUCCUCCAACUCAGGUUCUCCUUUCCAAGGCCACCCUGCUGUCCUCUCAGUGGCCCCCCCUGUAGUACCUCCACCAAUGAACAUGGGGGGUCCUCCUCCCCCGCCGCCUCCACCGGGACCUCCACCACCUUCAGCGGGAGCACCCCAGCCUCCUCUCCCUCCUCCGCUGCCCAUGGGCGGGGGGAGUCACGGGGAUGAGCCUCCCGCCCCAACAGGCCUCGCCGCUAUGAUCGCAGGAGCCAAACUGCGCCGCGUCCAAAGACCUGAGGACAGCUCUUCAGGCGCCAAAAACGAUGCCAACAGAACAAGCGGAGGAAGCAGUGGACUGAUGGAGGAGAUGAACGCUUUGUUGGCACGAAGAAGGAAAGCAGCUUCCGAGAAGCCAGAGGACAGCCAAAACGAUGACCCAAAUUCUCCGUCACCCAGCACUCGUGGACAGAACGCUACAGAUGGUGCAAAGAAGCCAUGGGAACGAGCCAACUCUGCAGACCGGUCAAUGGUUUCAAGGGUACGACCUGUGGGCAGCGGCAGCGACGCAGACUCAUUAGACCUCGAUAGAAUGAAACAGGAAAUCUUGGAAGAGGUGUUCCGCGAGUUGCACAAAGUGAAGGAAGAAAUCAUCGAUGCCAUUAGACAUGAACUCAGUCGAGUUAGCACGACAUAAUCUCUGAGAGCCGCUACCCGACCACCUUUUGGAACCAUUGCCCCUGCAGCAGCUGCCGUGGCCCUGAGGAGGAAGAGGAGGAAGGAGAAAUAGAAGAAGAAGAAGAGGGGAAGUCAGAAACAGAGGCCCAAACUGUGACAUCUACUCAUCCUGUUCAGCUGUGGUGUUGAAGCAAUGUACAGAAAAAAAAAAAAAACGUUGCUGUAACACCUCAGACAUGUCUGUGUAACAUUUGGUUUGGUUGUAUGUUUGGUGAGAAAGACGUGAUCGGGGCACACACUCGCACUGAUUAAACGACUCUGAUUUCGUAAAUAUUUCUGUCUGUUUGUUACCCCAGUUUGCCCCUCUCUCCUUGGCCUAAAGGAAAAUGGAUAAAAUUCACACUAUUUGUUUCUCUUUUUGUCACAAAUGUGUUUUUAUCUUUUAUAUAAUCACUGUCAUUGUCAUUAUCAUUACUAUCAUUUUUAUCAUUGUCUUGUUUAAUAGUAAAACGAGUCGUAGCAGGAUAGUAAGUACAAUGGUAAUAAUGAGGAAAUGAUAAUGAGAAUAUGAUAGUAAUGGUAAUAUUAAUAAUUAUUAUUGCACAUCGUUUUAUGUCAAUGUUUUGUAUUUUAUAUUGGUUCUUUUCAUUUGGUUCCAUUUUAAAUACAGCUGUAAGCACAUCCAGUGUUUGUUUUUUUUUCCUCAAUACAUGACCUGAAACAUUUUUUAAAGGUUUUUUAUCCUUUUCGCCAACACAUAUGUGAAACCAAGGCAGAAAAAAGAGGCUUUGACCUUGAGAUAGGGUGGAAUAAACUUCUUUGGAUAUUGCAAUCUUAUGAAAAAAUUAAUAAAUAAUACACCAGAGUAUUUGUGAUCAUGUUGUUAAUAAAAUGUUUAUUGGCUGCAAGGAUAUGGUGAAGUAUUGUUCAUUUUAUUCUCUCCUUUUAUGACAAAGUGCUUCCUGGUUUGACAACAAAAAGAAAAAAAAAAAAAAAAAAGAAACGCACUACGUUUAACAUGAAUUCAAAUAAAACUGUGAACAAUG